UAUUCAGUUUCAGACGUUUCAGUAGACAGUCGUUAUCGAGCGUUUGUUUAGUGCAUGUAGCCCGCUGUAGAGACGUCGCUCGCAUGCGUGUAUUUUUAAAUAAACAUUGCCCCCUUCGUUAUGUUUUAGUUUGGAGUUCUUUUAUUUGUACGCCGCAAAUUUGGAUUAAGUGCCCUUAUUUAAUAAUUUAGUGCUUAUUUAUGUGGAAAAAUGAUGGAAAAAUUGCCUAGGAUUUUUUCGAAAGAGGCUCCAAGUCAAAAAGUGAGUAUUGGAAGACGAUCGUGCCAUUUUAAUUGAAAGGAUAGCGACGCAUUUGCAAGCUGUUGGUUUCCGCUUUGAGUUCGGCAUCAAUAAUUCACAAAAAUCCAUAGAAACUUCGAUAAGAAAUCCAUAAAUAGGGGUAUUAAUGGCGAACGUUUGGAUAUAAAUCGCCGUGGCCGAGGACAACAACAGCAAUGUUGAAGCUUCUCCUCCUGGGAUUAUUAACGUCGUCAGUCCAAGCCGUAGGGUGCCCAACUGGAUGCGUUUGCAACGACGAGACCUACGUAGUGCAAUGUGAAAAAAGUAAAUUAGACGUUUUACCAAUAACGCUAAAUCCCGCGAUACAAAGACUCGUUUUACGAAACAACAAAAUCAAGACGAUAGAUGCCGCGUUUCAAUUUUACAAAGAUCUCCAAUAUGUCGAUCUCUCCAGUAAUCACUUAAUCAGCAUUCCAACAAAAAGCUUUAUCUACCAAGAGAAACUACAAGAAUUACAUUUAAAUAAAAAUAAGCUAUCGGGCGUCACGAACAAAACAUUUCAGGGCUUAAAAUCUCUAACGGUCUUAAACUUACGAGAAAACUUCCUGGAGGAGUUACCGAGAGGUUUAUUUACCGUACUUUCUAAAUUGGAAGAGCUAAAUCUCGGUCAGAAUAGAAUAUCGAAGAUUGAUGCGUUGGCUUUUGAUGGUCUGCUAGCGUUAAGGGUUUUAUAUCUUGACGAUAAUCAGCUAACGUCGGUUCCGACGCCAUCGUUUCCACUCAUGGGAAGCCUCGCCGAACUUCACGUCGGCCUUAACUCGUUUACUUUUCUUCCGGAUGAUGCCUUCGAGGGACUGAAUAAGUUAUCGGUGCUAGAUUUAAGCGGCGCCGCUCUGUCAGACAUCAGCAGUGACGCUUUCAGAGGUCUGAAUACUUUAAGGAACCUCAAUUUAGCGGACAACAAAUUAAGUCGAAUACCUACGAAACAGUUAUCGCAUCUAUCGCGGCUCGAGGAAUUAACGAUAGGACAAAAUGAAUUCGCAACGGUAGAGUUGAAUUCCUUUAAGGGAUUAAGCAAUUUGCGCAAAUUGGACAUUACCGGCGCCACGCAUUUGGUGAAUAUCGAAAAAGGAGCGUUCGCCGAUAAUUUAAAUAUAGAAACGAUUAUUUUGGCGAGCAACCGAAAAUUGGAGGGUAUAGAAGACGGGGCACUAGUCGGUUUACCCAAUUUAAAGCAUCUGAUACUGAAGGAGAAUGCGUUUAAAACCUUUUCGGAGUCCUGGUUAUCCUGGAACGAAUUGAGAGUAUUAGAGCUUUCGGAUAAUCCUGUCAAAUGUGAUUGUCAUAUACUGUGGCUUAGCAAUUUAAUGGCCGUUAAAAAUUUAACAACGGUGCACUGCUCGUUUCCGAUGCCGCUCAAGGAGCGCUCGUUGCGGGCUUUGGGCGCGGACGAUCUUGGUUGCUCCUUCAGCGAUCCACGACAGCAGGCGAUUUUAGUGACGUUGUGCGUGAGUGCCGUUAUACUUUUGGGGGGUUUGGGAUUAUUAUUGUUCCGAUACCGGCAGCGCGUUCGUGAAGCUGUUAAGGAUUACAAAUGGAAUAAGCGAGCGAUCAGUAGGAAGGAACACGAAUAUCAGAAAACAUUUUCCGACGACGAUUACAUCAUGCGAUCGGCUCAGCAUAACAUUAAGCCGAUUCCGGUGACGGAAUUGUAGCUAGAACUUAGCGCGCCGCCCUCCGGGGUAUUUUGUGUCGAUGGAGGUGAAGGUCGGCGUGCUAGGCCUCCACGUGGGCCAGGGGGCACACUCCCCGUCACGGGAUUUACGUAUAUCGCUGGGGAUUCUUGUAGGGCGCACUCCCUAAAAGCGCCCAGAGACAACAGAAACGGAUUCUCACGGUAUCCAAGUCCCAUAGAUAUUUAUCAGCAACAUUAACCACGGACUCCAGUGUUUUUUAACUGAGCAAUAAUGAAUCCAUUCCAAAAAUGUGAUUUAAACGAAAUAUAGAGACUGUGCUAAUAGCAGCUAAAUAUAUUUUUGACCCCUAGAGACCCCACCGUCAGGUUUUGUUUUAUCCCACUUUUCGAAAUGUGAUGUAAAUAGGUGAUUACUUACUUUGUUUAUUUACCUUAUAGUUAUCUGUAUUACUUUUUCGUUAGUAUGUAACCAAAACGAGAUCUAUAUUUGUACGAUUAAAGAUUAAGCAGGAUUAUGACCAAUUACAACAUUAAAUCCUAAAUCUUCCUAAUUGUAAAAAAAUAGUACACUAACUGUAAGAUAUAUAAACAAAGAUUUAAAAUAUUCAGAUUGUGAUAGAAGGAAAAUGACUGCAAAAUACAGUGUAUCUAACCUAGGAGUACUAACUAAUUUUUGUGGUACCUUUCUCACAACCUCUGCAUAUUUAGAUUAUUUUUACUGUGCCACUUUUUGUUCCUAGCUCACAAUUCUCUAACGCGGUAACCGAAUUUUCUUGUGGGCGGCAGUCUAUGAAGAUGAUUGUAUAUUUUCAAAAAUUGAAAAUAUUUAAAUCGUUGUGUGUAUAUAACCUAAUAUAUGCAAUAUUCUAUAUACAUUUUGUAAAUACUCUAAACUUUAGAUAUUUAUUAUUUUUAUUUAAAAAAGUAUGUGAGAUAAGCGGUUAGUUGAAUUCAUUCCUUCAAGAACUGUUGUUUUGUUUACUUAUAUUAGUUUGUAAUAGUGGUUGUGAUUGUUUAUUAAGUUGAAAGUCUAUAUACCUAGGCAGGUGUUCGUACAUCUUUAUUACUUGUAUACUUAGGGAUUUGCAACUGGAAUUAUUAUUUUUGUUCGUAACUGUUGUAAUACAAUUCCUACAUACAAUUAAGAGCUAGUCAUAGUAUGUUUAAAUCGAAUGUGUGAGUAUUUUCUUUAUUUGUGUAUAAUAAAACUAAGUGCAUUUUAUAAUUGUAAAUAUAUUAUAGUGUUUUGUACAUAUAACUUUAUCAAUACUAAUUAUUACGAAUAAACGAGAUAUUUAAACUGA